AGUACUUGCCCUCUUCAAUCUACCUUCGUCUUGAGCAUCUCACUGUGUUCGCCACCUACAUGGAAGUAUCAUCUCACAAUUGAGAAUUACUUGACGGUCUUUCCAAAGAGCAUUACACGUUAUUGUGUCGCGAUCACGUGUAGGUUUGGCACUGCUUGUUGUCGCUGUGUUGCACUUGUCACGGUUGAAAUAACUUGUUGCGCUGUAACUCAUGCCGAAGCUGUCGUAAGGCAGUCCAAAAACCCCUUCUACACUAGUCAAUCAUUGCCACGCUUUCUCGUAAUCCUAGCUGGCUAGAUGGCGACGUUAGGACAAAAAAUAAGCGAGCUCUUCCCCUACGAAGGCGAGUCGGAACUAGCUCCUGGUCUCACUACUGUUGGUUUGACUGUCAGACCCUCGACGUCGUCCAACUUGCGCGUUAUCACUGGAAACGAGAUGAAUCAACACUCGAGCCUCGCUGUGUUCCGUGACACGACUAAUAUACAUUCUAAGGCCUCCGCUACUGCUUUGAUGACACCUAGUUCAGCCCACACAUUCGGUAUCCCAAACCCAACAAGCUCGAAGAGGCGAGCCCUCUCCAGCGUUUCAUACGACUCCGUUGACUCCUCACGACACUUACGAUACUCCCGUGAAGAGGAUGCGCUUAAGUCCGCCCUUCAAUCGUGUACUGCAGAACCCACAGACCGUGAACUGCAGAUACGAGCAAUUGAGAAAGCCAUAGCUCUUUUGAAGACUCAUGCCAUCGAUGCGCAAGAACGUGCAAAAAGAUUGCGAGCAGUGCUUUCUGACAGAGACCUGGAACCAGAAACGUAUCAGUCCCUUCAACGGGAACGUUGGAUCGAGGAGCAUCGAAGCAAGGCUAGAUCCGACGAAUCAAAGGCGCUCCUAGAAAUGGUCACCAAGCUGAAGGCAUCCACUGGCUCACUUAUUGACCCACCUGUCACAACCGGCUCCAAACUUUAUGCCAAUCUCUCGCAAUUCUUUAGUUAUUCUCCGACUAGAGUGUCACUCAGUAGCUCUUCACGCCGAAUAUGGGACGAUAGUAUCUUCCGUCAUAGAACUAUCAGUGAUGUACGUUCAUUAAGGCUUCGGAGCACCGCAGCUACCUCGGCACUCUCGAGUCCCGUUGGUCGCCGCAUUCGAUCGAAGUCCAUGGGCCGUAAGUACGCAGCUCCAGACAACCGGUCUGUUGACACGCCGUAUACGCGUGGCGCUGGUCGCUUCAAGGAGCUUUCCGGAGGUACGAUGCCGCGUGCUGCAACCACCACCAUGUCUGCGCAAGUAACCUCGCCGGCAGCCUUACUAUUCCAGGAUGCAGGUGUCGCUACGAUCUUCACAUCGGCGACACCGCGUUCGCGAGAGGAACUCACAGCCGAAGUAGAGCACGUCGAACUCCCGAGCUACGCGCAAGACUUAAUGGACGAGUUCGACGACAUUGACGGAGACAUCACUCUUCCCAAUCUUCCAUCGCAGAGUAGUACCAGAGCUCAACCUGUCCCUGUUGGGCAACCACCAUCACUACCACUGCCUACACUUACACCGAAGACGUCUCAUACUUGGUCAGCUCGACAUGAACGGUCGUCGUCACUCCCUCGUACAUCACUUGGGGAUACAAUUCGGGUCAAACCGGAUCCUCAUUUUCCCAUGCGCAAACCAAUUUCAAUGCUUUUCCCGAAAGCGACCAAAGACUCCCUUGAUUCGGACUCAAGACCAGGGUCAUCGUUGGCCGAUAACGAUGUUGGAGAUGGUUCACAGAUGCCCGUCGGUUCUGUCAAGAAUCGUUGGUCUAUGACGUCCACGUCUAUGAAGUCUCCCAGUAAGGUUUUCUCGAGGGUGAAGAACCGGUUUUCUAAGCUUGGUCGCAAGUAAUGGACUAUAUUCAUCGCACAUUACGUCUCACUUCGCUCUGUUAUCAUUGCAUCGUUCUUUCCACGUUGCUUCGUCGUACCCUUCGCAUUUUCAUGGGACAUUCUGAUUCAUUCACGUACCUACACAUUGGACAUGCUUUCUAGUCGUCACUUUAUGCAUUGCUUGUUUCGGAUGCUGUUGGCUUUCAUCAUGUCGUCAUGUCCUGUCUUGAUGCUGUUUUCUCCGAGUACUGUAAUGCAUCCUUCAUGGACUGUGACUAUCGUUGAUUGGUCUAUGUUUCGUGCUGAUCUCACU